CCUUGCCUGUAACUUUGGUGGAAGAAGCACCCCUUCUCCUUUUUUAAUGUUUUCCCAUUUUAUUUUAACUAGUUUUCGGUCCAUAACCUUGAUAGCUUUUUGGGGGGGUCCCGUGAGAGUCAUGACCUCUUUCGUUAGCUCUUCGCCCCCAACCCCAUCUCCAUCACCUGUAGCUCUGCUGUAAUCUCCUCUAACCUGGCAGCUGCAGAGAGGGUUUUCCCCGGGGGUGCCCGGUCCCUUUUUGGAUGGACGUCUGUGUCCCCAUCUCACCUUCAAGCUUUCGGUGAAGCCUUCCUCGUCCUUCCUCCUUAUCCUGGAUCCCACCUUUUCUCCCCGCUCUGGAGCCGCUGCCAGCGGCCGGAGAUGCUCGUCCCGGUAUGAUCGACCCAUUUUCCCCUCCAUCCCACACUGGCUAUUGCCCCAGCCGAAAUGAAAAAUUAAUCCUGGAGGUUCCUGUGGGGAAAGGCCCCUCCAGGGGCUUAUUUGGGCCAUGGCCAAGGAUGUUCCUGGUGGAUUCUGCAGUCCUGAGACCCUCCCGAAGAGCAGCAUCUCCUGGGAUGUCCUGCCUGCAGCGUAACUCCCUGAGGAUGCGCACAGCUGGCGGGGGAGCGGGGGGGCAGGGAGCACACCGUGUCUCGUCUUGGGUAACGCGCUGGCUUCGUGCGGCUCAAGUUGCCGGGCAUACGGGUCUCGGAAAAGCUGCCCCGGGGAGAGGAGAACAACCCGCAGCAGAAAAAUAGCUGGGGCUUGUGCGCCGAUGUCGACAACCACCUUCGGGGGCUGCGAAAGCGUCGGUCACCCCACCUUCCGGAGGGGAGGAGAAGAGGAGCCGGAGCAUCCCCCUGAGAUCGCACCAUGCCACUCGCCCGCCCCACCGGCCAAAUCCCCGACGCCGCUUGGACGUCGGGCUUCAGGGAGAUGACGGAGCCCUGGAAAGGUGCCGUCGGCUGCCUCGGCGUGGCCGUCUUCUUCGCCAUGACCAUCGGCAUCAUCUCCUGGCAGGCGCUGGAGCAGUCGCCGGAGGAGUGGGUGCUGCGGGGCCGUGCCGGUGGGAUGCUGUGGGAGCGCCGGCGGGGUGCCCUGCUCCUGCGGGCGCUGCCGGCGGGGCGGAUGGUGGCGGUGAUCACGGUGGGCGGCGUGCCGGCCGCCGAGCCGCCUCCGCCACGGGACCGCUGCUGGCACGACGGCGGGCAGUUCUGCUACGCCUGGGAGGAGGACGCCGAGCUCCGGCUCUCCCUCGAGCCCCCGCCAGCCCCCGCCACCGAGUGCUACGGCGUCCGCUGGACCCCGCUGCGCCCCGACGUGAUGCUGAAGGAUUGCUUCUCCAUGGCCAACGUCUCCUGGUACGGAGGGGCGAGCAUCCGCGCCCAGCGCUGGCCGCUCAACGGCGCCGAGAGCCCCGCGCAGCCCUUCGUUAGCGGCAACUUUGGCAAAAACCCCGCCGGCUACGGGCCCGUUGUGGAGAGAUACUUCCUAGGCUCGACAGGAGUGACGGUGACAGUGGCACCCGACGUGCCCCUCUUCCUCUCGCUGGAGAGCAACAGGCACUUCUGCCUGGGAACGCCGGCAGGCAGAGCCGCGGUGCCCCUGCGCUACCUCCUCUGCGUCAGCCCGGACGUCGCGGCCGCCCACCGGCACGUGGGCAGCCAGCUCGCGGGGCCGGCACGGGCGCUGCCGGAUACGGCGCUCCUGGGGUCUCCCAUCUGGCGAUAUUACGGCCCAACGGGUUCGGCUGCCAAAAUAAAACGAGGUUUGCAGGCGCUGGGCAAGAGAUUGAAGCGGCAUCGCCUUCAGGAGGGGAUCCUGGCCCUGGGGGAGCACUGCACCGCCGUCCUCGCCGCCGCGGACCAGGUGCCCUCGGCACAGAGGAAGAGGCAGGGCUCUGCCCGCGCCUGGGACCCUUCCCUGAUCGAACCGCUGCAGCUCUCCGUCACGCUGUCCCCGUACGCCAGCAUCGCCUCCCCGCUCUUCCUGCGCUCGCUGCAGGACGGCCAGGCGGCGAGCUACUGGCUGAGCCUGCAGCCCCGAUUCGGGGGCUGCUCGGUCCCGCUGCUGACCACGUGGAAGGGGCGGCUUUGCGCCCGCCUGAACGUCACCAGCGAGGCAGCGCUGAGCUGGUACCUGGCACGCGCCCGAGGGCUGCGGCAGGCGCUGGGGGCCGCGUACAUGGUCUUCGAGGGUGCCGAGGGCAACGCCUUCCUGGAGCAAGCUGUCCCACCUCCCGCCGAGCUGGCGGGCGACCGAUAUGCCGCGGCGCUGGCGGCGGCGCUGGCGACGCUGGGAAACGCCACCGUCAUCAGCGCCGGUGCCAGAUCCAGUCAUCUACCGCUCUUCGUCCAGAUGAGCCCGCUGCGCUCGGACUGGAGCCACGCUGGUCUGAAGGGGGUUAUUCCCUCCGUGCUGCACUACAGCCUCCUGGGCUACAACUUCUUCAUCCCCGAUGCAGUAGGAGGGAGCCUGGCUGGUGAUGCCCCAGGGGACCCGGAGCUCUAUGUGCGGUGGCUGCAGAUCGUGACGUUCCUCCCCGUGAUGGCCUUCAGCACGCCGCCCUGGCUCUGCUGCGAACCCUGGGUGCUGAAUCUUACCCGGCAAUGUAUACAGAGGCACCGGGACUUUGUUGUGCCGCUCAUCGUCAAAUACAGCGAGGAAUGGCUACGUUUGGGGUACCCCAUCUUCCGGCCGGCGUGGUGGCUCAGUCCCACAGAUCCAACAGCUUUUAUCGUAGAGGAUGAGUUUCUCAUCGGAGACGAGGUCCUGAUUGCCCCAAUAACAGAAAAAGGGCAAACGUGGAGAGAUAUCUACCUGCCUGGAGCAGGGCACCUAUGGAUGGACACCAACACUGCCCGCGUCUUUGACGGAGGCACCGUCCUCAGGAAUUACUCCGUCAGCCUUGCAGAGGUGCCGGUUUUUGUAAAAACCUCCUAAAUUCACAGACUGCCGCAAAUUUUGGACAGUUGACAUCCUUCAGAGCAGCGCUGGCCAAAUGUGCUUGCUCUUCCUUGAGACUAUUUCAGCCUGUUUGCACUUCUCCAAGAACUCUUUUUUUUAUCAUUGUUUCAGCAGAAACUGUUUGAAUCUCCUAUCAUUUGCUGUUAUUCUAAAAUAGAGGAAAUGCAGCUUCGGUACAAAUAUACAUCCACGCAGAAUGUCGACCUACAUCUUUCCAGGGUUUUCCCGGUGAAAUGUUUGCGUGCGUAGGUGGCACAUCCAGCAUCUCCAGAUCCCUGAGACACUGCUCAAAGACGCUGCCUUAUCCAGAGAGUGGAUUCUCCAGGAUAGCGAACAUCAGUUUCUACUAGGAUGAGAUUUUAUGCAUUUAAAGAAAAAACUCCGUAGAGGGAAACCUAAAUGUACGAUAGCUCCGUUCACGUGCAUGGACGUCACAUGUGCUAAGUGCUACCUGCUUCUCUCUCAUGGCUGUGUGUGUACGUUCCCCAGGAGCGGCUUUGGUGGUGAGAUACCGACUUUGAGGAUAAUUGGAAAACUGGGUGAAUUCCAGGUCUAUUGGAAGUGGGUUUCUGUGGAAGAAAAACACCACGAUCAAACAAAGUGGCUCUACCAGAGCCUGAUGUGGACGGGCAGGAUGCGUGCCCACCUUGGAAUAAAAACUCCAGAGCUCAGCAUCCCAUACCUAAACUCCAGCGUGCCCCAGUCAGUGCUUUUCACCAUUUCUUGAAUAUUUUUUUUUUUAACUCUUUCUUUUUGCAGUGCGAGUGGGCUCCGGUGUGACCACUCUUCCUCCAUCCAGCCAAAACCAUACCCACGGGCAAGGCGGAUGUCCCGCGUGCUGAAUGUGCGUUUAGGGAGGUUACAUCAGCUACUGGGACAACCCCAGUCAGGGGUGAGUGGGACGUUAACGGGCGAUUCCAAAGGCUGGCAUUUGAGGUUUGUUUCAGUGGAUAAAUCACACGCCUUGGGGAACCAAAGGCUCUGCUUCCAUUCGCUCCUUUGGCCUGAAACGAAUUCUGACGAGCUGGAUCCUGAUUUAGAGGAAACCCCCCAAUCCUGCUGUCUGCGGCUGGACACAGAGGAGAUGGAGCGUGUGACCCUGCCCGGAGAGAUGGAAUCACUCCACGUUCCGGAUGGUGCUGGCAUUUCCUUCCAGAUGCCCCUGAAGUCCAACCGAUGACAGGAUCAGCUUUUGCUAUUCUUGGCCUCUGGAAAAGUCACUAACUUUAACCCAGGUUUAGCAACUGGCUGAAGAUUUAAAAAAAAACCCCAUGUCCCUUCCUAGUGCAUCUUUAAAAAAACAAUAAUAAUAAUAAAUAACACCACAUGAUGUAAAAAUCCUCCAGCAACAUCUUUCUGUGCCUGUUAAUAGGAUACGCCUCACUUUUACAGUAAAUUUGCUUUAAUUUGAGUUUCUUGCUGCGUUGGGUUGUGUGUCGGUGUCACCGAGCCGUUUCUGGGCGCGUUACUGCCAGCUAAACCCACGCUCUUCAUGCGUUUCCUCGCAUGUGCCCAGUUGGAACUUAAAGACUAUUUGUAGUCAUCAAAAUGUUAAUGAGGUGUUUACUAACGUAGACUUGAUUUAAAAGAUUGGCCCCCCCUUUUUGGUGUCUACGUGUGCUACGAUGACGUGCUCCCCUCCUUCCCUUGACACCCCCGUGGAAGAGGCAUAAACACGUCCCCUUGUUAAAGCAGCUCCAGGAAAGGAAUAAUUAGAGAAGGUUUAGGCAUGUUGCCAGGAAAAAGCGGUUAAGAACCUCGCAUGUAAUUUUAUUCCUCUCCCCCCCCCCCCCCCCCCAUUAUUUUAAACUAUUCUUCAUGAUUUUUUUCAGGUGGGAAAAAUCGA